CAAACUGGUUUGAGCUCGGGUACACAUCAAUAAAUGACACAUAAAUUUUUAAGUUUUUGAAGAAACUAAUUAAAUCAAUAAGAUAUGCGUCCAUUGAUGUUCCUCCUGAAACUCGCCUGGGACUGCAGAUACCGACUCCCACUUCUGAUAACAAUCGGCUUCAUGGUCCUGGACGUAGAAAUGCAACUGGACAUCGACGUUCAAACUAGAAGAGUUCGAAGGCCCGUGCAACAGCCUCGAACAAUACCGCAGUUACAACCUGCAAGUACCGCCGUCCAACCUGCUCCUCAACAUGAUGGGGAUAUCUCUGACACGCGAACAGAGGAUUCAUGGACAACGGUUGAUGAAACGACUGAUGAAGAAUAAUCAUUUACAGAUAAAAGACCUGAGACUGUUGCACUGGUGAUAUUGAUGUUUGUUCAUUAUUUAUAAAAAAAACGUUGCUAUAUCAUUACUAUAUUCGAUAAAACUAUUAACAUUUGACUUUGACACUAUUUUAUUACCAGAAUUACGUCAUACGAAAUUAAAUCUUCGGGAAGGUGGAAAAUGUUCAAAAUUCUACCAAUGUUUUAAAUACCUAGUGUGUAUUUGAGAAAAGGAAAUUCAAGAAUGGUGAAGAAAAAUGUUAAAAGGUUCAAGAAAUAUUUUAUUCAAAAAAUAUGUAUACAAUUAAAUGCCAACGAGUUUACUGAAAUUUGAAGUUAUAAUGAUCAUUAAAUUUAUACAUUUUUUUCUAAGAAAAUAGUAUAACUAAACCUGUAUAAUAUAACGUAAAAUAUACUCAAUGAUGGCAGUCAGAUGCUGGCGCUAACAUGUCCGUAUUACACAUCUGCAAAAAAAUAGUCAAUAAUGAAUGCCUUUAUUAUAUUGUAUAUAAAAUUAAGAAAAACGGUAAAACGUGAAAAAGAAUGCACAAUGAAUAAAACUAAAAUUGUUAAAAAGGAGAAACAAAAAAAAAUACAUAUAUGUAUAUAAAUGAAAAUUGUGAAUGAAAUACAAAUUAUAAAAGAUAUCACCAUGACACC